CUGUUGCCGCUUUUGAAGACCUCAGCACAGACCAAUCAGCUGUCCUGCAACGGCACGACAGGCUCCCAGAUCAUGGUUGCCCCAACCCACUGAGGUGGAUCCUAAAUUUACCAAGCAUGCCAGUGUUUAAAUCUAAAAUGGCAACUGACAGUGUACGCCAGGGGACAACUUGUAAACUAUUUAAUGUUACGUGAGCUGGUAGAUGCAAUACAAUAUCAAAACCACUUCAGGAGGAAUCAAAGCUGCCUUCAGUUAGGACACAUCCUCUAUGGGAAUCUAAGCAAUGAAAAGCAUUUCCCUGCACUGACAGGCUGCAGCUGCAGCCCAACCAGCGAUGUAAAAUACCAGUUUCCUUUUUUUUCCCAACCCAAAUGACUGAUGAGCUACUAGGCUGCUCUGUUCAUCCUUCCCGUCAGUCACUCACAGGAGCUCGAUGACAAGAGGUCAUGUUGCUCAUUUUUUCUCUUCAUCCUCAUUCAUCUCCUUAGGACUGCUUAACUUUCACUUGGAAUAAGGGAAUCUAACUUUUUUAGGUGGUAUUUUAUCACAAACAAAAGUUGUGGUGGCUCAAAACGUUAGUGGCAUAUUUAGCAGGUCACUAUGAUAUGGGAGAAGCUGAAGCCUCCAGAGCCAGACGAUCGUAUGUGUUGCUGCGAAUGUGAUAUCAACCAGUGCAGGUGUUGCUGUGACUGUGAAGACCUGGAUGAAGCUUUCAGUAGCUGGCUGAAGGAGAAACCACCUUCUUGUGGGAUCCAGUGUCCUGCCUUUGGGACCAUGAUGGACAACAUGAAGAUCUCCAUGAUCCCAGCUCUGCUUCUACUGCCUCUCCUGCUGAAAGCUGCAGCUCUUCACUACCUGCUGGGCAUCAUCAUCCUGACGGCUCUGCCAGGCCUGGUGCUGUCUUACUACUAUGCCACGCACCGAAGGAAAAGACGCACCCUCUUCUUCCUCACCCUUGCACUGUACUCUCUGGCCUACAUGUAUUACCUGUUCAUCACAGAGAUCUUACCCCGUGGAGAUGUAAGCCCACUGCAGACGUUUGCUGUGACCACUGGGAUGAUUCUCACCAUAGUGUCCCUUAUUCACACUAAGAGAGGUCCGGGAUUUGUCACUGCCUCUCUGCAUGAAGCAAACCAUCAGCAGAUGGAUGCGGAGAAUGAGUUAACCAAUUCUGAUGGAUGUAUUCAGUCAGCAGACUCAGAAAAGACAAGAAAACAUCCAAAUUCAACAAAAUGGACCUUGUGUCCUGUGUGCAAAAUAAUGCGACCCCCGCGUGCUGGACACUGCAGAACCUGUGGAUUAUGUGUUCAACGUCUGGACCACCACUGUGUCUGGAUAAACAGCUGCGUGGGACAAGCAAAUCACCGCAGCUUCCUGCAGACCCUCUGUGUGUUUGUGCUGACUGCCGUGUACGGGAUCAGUUUGGUGCUCCGCAGCCUCUGUCCUCGUCAGUAUCUGAUGACGGCCCUCUUCUACUGCCCCGGCGUCUACAGCCAGCCCAGCACGGCCCUUUGCUUCACCUGCUGUUGGUACAGCAGCAUUAUCACUGUUGGAUUGAUCUACCUUCUGGUGGCUCAGGUUGUGAACAUCAGCUUCAAUGUGACUGGGCGGGAGGCUCAGCUGGCUGUGAGGAACAAAAAGGGCCAAAGCCGUCUGUGGGGACUCGUCAUCGACACUGGGGAGUAUUCACGUGGCUUCUAUCAAAACUGGGUUGAGUUCCUCACCAUGACAGAUUCUUUUAUGUCAUUUCACUCCAGUCCCACAGACUUAGUCUAGUUAGUCUUUCUUUCUAACACAUUUCACAUCAGCUCUACACUGGACCUUGAGCCCACUGCUGUGGCAUAUGAACCUGACAACAGUUUUAGUUAAAAAAAAUAAAAUAAAAGCUUGCAGUGGAAAUGUAAAGGUUCUUUUCUUUUAAAGAAAAAAAAAGCACUGAUUGAUGCAUGUUUUAGAGUUAGAACUUGCUGCACAAUUAUUUUCCUCAUGAUUGCCAUUCAGUUUAAUACAAUUUUGUUAAUCCUAAGGGGAAUCUAUAAUAGCUGUAGGUAGGAGGGAUUUUCUGUAUCAGUCUGUGUUGCACCGGAUCUGGAGAAGCCUCUGACUGAACACACUCUAUUAUUGUUUACGUAACAAUCUUCUCAGAUGGUUUUCCUUACAUCGGAAACCUUGAACACUUUGACUGUAUCAUCUGAUUGAAUCAUCUCAGUAAAGUGCCUCCAGGUGACAUUUUGGAAAUUGGAGCUUUAAAAAUAAACUGAAUUCAAUAGAAGAAAUAAUAUAAAGGUGAAUUUAUAGGAAUUCUUGAAAAGGUACAAGUCCUAUUAUUUAACAUUUAUACCAUUCAAUUAUUAAAUGAAGCUCUCAGUUAAUAAAAAUACCCUUUAGUAGUAAAUGGGGCCAAUCAUAUAUAAAGAGAGAGAGUAGAGUGUAUGAAUAAUGAUUCCUUUCUGCAUUAUUUAACAUCCAUUUUCCUUUUGAUCCAGAAUUUUGCCUCAUGCUUCCAUCCAUCCUUUCUCUUUUUAACCUUUUUGAUUUCUUGUCAAAACAGUUUAUUAAUAACUUAUUUGCUCGAUAGAUAUUUCCCCUUAAUUUACCAAUGAGUUCAUCAUUUAUUGUCUCUUCCACUUACCUCAGCAGAUAUGAAAAAGACUGAAUAGUCUGUCCUCUGCUGCCCUCCUCAGGCCACUUCUGUUCUUCCAAUAAAAAUUCUCAGGAACUGUCCUACAGCAAGGAACAGCGUAUCACCAAAGUGAAUACACCCCUCACAUUCCUGCAGGUACUUAAGUACCGUAUAUCUUUUCAUGGGGCAACACUGAAUACGCAUCACUUUAAAACAAAGAGAAAUAGUCUUUGUGCAGCUUAUACAAAAGUCUAAAUGUAUUUCCUCAAAACAACAAAAACAUUUGGCCAUUAAUAGCCAAAACCCUGGAAACAAAAGUGAGUACACCCCUUGGUGAAAGUUCCUAAUGUGUCCAUAUUUUGUGUAACCACCGAGUUUACCCGAGCUUCCAUCACCUUUACCUGCAGUCUCUUCAGGAAAGCAGUGGUUAUCCUAAAGAUGUGUUUGGGGUCAUGCUAGAACACUGCUCAGCGGCCCACUUUCUGAAGGGAGGGGAUGCUACUCUGCUUCAGUAUUUCAUAGUACAUGUUUGAGUUCAUGUUUCCCUCAAUGAAAUGUAACACCCCAACACCUGCUGCACUCAUGCAGUCCCAGACCAUCACAUUCCCACCACCAUGCUCGACUGUAGGCAUGAUACACUUAUCUUUGAACUCCUCACCUGGUUGUUGCAACACAUGCUUGAGACCACCUUAACCAAACAUAAUCUUGAUUUUAUGAGAUUUUAGGACAUAGUUCCAGUAAUCCAUUUGCUGACUUUAGGACAUGUUUACAAGCUUUCUUGCGUACAGAUUUCAGAAGAGGCUUCCUUUUGUGGUGACAGCCAUACAGACCAAUUUUAUGAAGUGUGCGGCAUAUAGUCUGAGCACUGACAAGCAUAAACCUCAACUAUUCAAUCUCUGCAACAUUGCAAACAGUGAUCCUGAACCUAUCAAAGACAGCAUUUAAUCUUGGCCCCGGUGCUCCAGUUUCAGGGUGUUGGCAAUAUAGCACAGCCAUCUCGUGCAACAAUUCCUCUUUAAAGUUCAUUGCCACAUUGGAACUGCUAGUGACCAAUAUGCGAAAGUGGGAGAGCUGUACUAGAAAACUGAACACACCUGCUACCUAUGCAUGACACAUUAACUAGUCACAUGAAAUGUUAAAAAGAAAAGGACAAAUGGUGCCCAGUUUGACAUUCGGGGGUGUAGUUUCUUCAGGGUUUACUGACUUUUGUUGCUAGUGGUUUGGAUAUAAAUAGCUGUUUAUUGCAUUCAUUCGAGGAAACAAUGCAUUUUUACUCUUAUUUAAGCUGCACACACACUAGUUUCCUUUGCUAUCAAGUGACAUUUCUUUUCCCAUAAAAAGAUUUACUUCAGUAUCUGCAGAAAUGUGAAGGGUGGAAUAACUUUUAUGAUACACUGUACAUACAAAAGCUGUAAGCAAUUUUCUAUUCUAUACUUAUAAACAGACACAUACUAACCGUUUUUUUCUAAGUGCCUGACACUAAAUCAGACUAGACUUAUGCUGCUUUUUGGUCUUUAAAUCAAGAGGAACAAACUUGCUAAAUGCAAAAUAACAACUAAGUGAGCAUUAUAAUUCCACAAGCUUACAUGCUAUUCCAUUAAAAGUUUUGAGGAAACCAAAUAUGGUUGUGCAGUAAUAUAGCUUGCGCUUUAUGUUCUUUUCAUUAGGCUUGACAACAAGAGUAGCAUCCAUUUGUCCAACUCUAUGAUGGUGGAGGGAUGAGGGCAACAGGUCCAAUAGGGCAAUGUGAAUGCUGCCUGAGCACAGACCAUAAGAAUGAACCCAGAGCUUGUUGCCAUGAACUGGUUUUAAAAACUGGGAAGGAAAGACAGGAUGGCCCUUCUAAAUUCCCUUGACAAAGAAAAUGUAUUUCUAAUUUUCUCCAAAAGCAACCGCUUCUGUUCACGACAGUAAAUGCCGUUGUGAGGCAGUCUGUUGCAGCUGCAAGGUUUUGCAAGAGUCAGCUUUCAUAACUGCAGUUACAUAACUUUUUGUUUUUGGCACAAUCUCUAAUUAUUUUGCUUUUUAUAUUGCACAGCACACAUGUUUAAACUGGUAAGGCACACAUGCGCAAAGACUCUGAAUUCCUGUUGUUUGUUGUGCAUUCAUAGCCCUGGAACAAAAUCCUGGGGGAAAAAAAGUCUUUCAUUUUUUUGGACACAGAAGUAACAUAAGAUGACUUAAGAAUGUUUCCUAUUUUCCUAAUUCAUAUGGAUGAAAUAGCCUUUUGUGUUUAUUAUUUUUUUUAUGUUUUAUCAUUUGAUUGAUCGUCUGUGCCUUCUAAUAUGAUUAUGUCUAAACUUGAUAUUCCUAGAAAGGUUGACGCCUUCUGGGAGUUCUCAGUGGCCUGAUCUCUAUGUUUUUGCAGCUACUUGUUUUUAACUGCCCUGAAAAUAUCUUCAGUGAAAUGCAGCUGUUUGGUAAUUAAGGGUCUGCUAGAUUUCUUUUGUUAUUAUUAUUUUUUUUUUUUUGCAAAGCAGCCAUUUCUCUAAAUUUCCAUUAAAACCUUCUAAUUUAUUUGAUAUACUAGUAUUGUGUAAAAGACAAUCUGAGGCUUCCCUCUAGCCUUUUGAGUAUUUGCAAUAAUUGCUACUGCUACUUCACAGAUGGUUGCAUCGGUGAAACAUAGCCUAUUUUAUUUUUUUGCAUUUAUAGCUACAUUGUUUUUUUUCUUCCACUUCAUAAAUCAAUUCCCAUUGAUUCAAUCUUUAACAAUCUAAUUCUAUAGAAAAAAAAAUGAAAAAAAUAAACCACAUCUUCAUCUUUAAGAUAUGCAUUUACUUUAAAUUCAUGACUAUAGUUAAC